GUUACGACAUUAGCACGCUCAACCUCAUUUCCGGAUUGUCAACAUCCAGCAAGCAGCAGAUCACUAUCAGCGGCGAGCACAACAAUGACGUCUUUCAACGUCGUUCUUAACUUCAGAAGUGUCGAGUGCAGUGAUGCUGGGAGUUAUCUUUUUUUUGCCAGAAGUGAACAAGCCAGAACCCAGACAGCGGUCGUGAUGAGAGUAAAAAGUGAGCCAGGAUCACCAACAUUAACUGUUCCCAAGAUUGUAGAAUCGAUUACAACGGAUCAACCAGAAUGUCGGGCGGAGAUGGGGUACAACAGUGACGUCACUUUCAGAUGGUUGCUGAAAGGACCUAAUGGAACUGACAGUGUUCUGUCGGAUCGCCAGACUCCGGACACAAAAAGCAUUAAUGACUCAACAUGCACUGCUUCUGGAAUGUCCGUGCUAAAUGCCCACGCAAUAUACCGGGUGGAAUAACAGCGUGCUGUGCUGUCAGCUCGUACGGUCCACUAACGAGUUGAUCGUGGUCAGCCAGGUGUGCCAAACCAUACUGUCGUUACCAGCGGACUUCUGCUCUUCGUCCAA